AUGUCAUACUCCGAUCAUUCAUCAUUAAACAUUAUUUUCACACUUGGUUUUAUUUCACGUUCAAUCAAACAAAAUUCAUCUCAUUAUGAUCAAUUAAAAUUAUCACCUAUAAAUUUAGAAAUAUUUUCUAAUGCAAUGAAAACAACAUUAACAUUAGCUUAUGAUAUAUUACUUGUUUUAUUUCUUGAAAUACGUUUACAUUGUUUUUAUUAUUUAUCUUUAUUUUUUCAUGAUACAUUAAAUUAUGCCUAUGCUUUAAAUACAGAUCCAGAUGAAAAUAUAAUGACAUUAAAUCGUGAUUUAUCACAUUUACAAGAAACAUUAAAUUCUUCAUUAAAUGAAAAGAAAUUUUCAUUUUUAUUUCAAGGUCUUGGUUUUGUUUUAGCAACAAUAUUAAUACGUUCAUCACCACGUUUUAGUCGUAUAAGUGAAUUAGGUGUAACGAAAAUGUGUCGAAAUAUAUUUGCUAUUGAACAAACAUUAACACAAAUUCGAACAGCUGGUGAUGCUGAAUUAAUGCGUGCACAUCAAUAUUAUGAAUUAUUAUAUUCAAUAAAACCAGAAGAUAUUCUUAAUAUAAUUGAAGAACAUGGACAAGAAUAUAGUGAACAAGAUUAUUUACAUCUAUUACAAUUGCAAUAUCGAAGUCUUUCAAGUGAUGAGAGAGAACAUUUUGAUUUGAGUAAAUAUGAACAAUUAGUAAAAACAGCUCUUAAUCCCCAAAUCAAGAACAGUAAUUAA